AUGUCAAUAUGCGGCUUGGUGCGGCGCUGGGUAACGGCGGAACCUCUGGGAAGAUGUAAACCAAGUAACCGGAGAAGACCAGUCAACGAACACAACUACCGUUAUCCCCUUGGAAACCGUCCCUUAAGAACCACACCGACCGGCUGCGCGUUUAGUCGCUAUCCCCCGAAGCACCGGAGCUCUCUCCUCAAAGCAGCCAUCUUUUGUGGGAGAAUGUACGGGGCGACGCGGCGGGCCUGCUCGGGCCGGACUCUGCUGAUGCUGACAACCGUUCUCCUGCUCUCCGUUACCGGGCUGCUGUCCGGGCUGCCCAGCUCCACCGAGGCGAAGGAAUGCGACAAACCGUGCAUGAACGGGCAGUGCAACACCGCUACUGGAAAAUGUGUGUGCUUCCCCGGCUGGGUAGGGGACCAAUGCCAGCACUGCGGAGGGAGAUUCAGGUUGACGGGGCCCUCUGGUCUUCUGAGUGACGGUCCAGGGAACUACAAGUACAAGACCAAGUGCACCUGGCUGAUCGAGGGACAACCCAACACCAUACUCCGAUUACGGUUUAACCACUUUGCCACUGAAUGCAGCUGGGACCACCUGUACGUGUACGACGGAGACUCAAUCUACGCCCCCCUCCUCGCCGCCUUCAGUGGUCUGAUCGUUCCUGAGCGUUACGGGAACGAGACAGUCCCUGAGGUGGUGUCUCAGUCCGGCUACGCCCUGCUGCACUUCUUCAGUGACGCUGCCUACAACCUGACCGGCUUCAACAUUUCCUACAGGGUGAAUUCAUGUCCCAACAACUGCUCCGGCCGCGGCGAGUGUCUGGUGAACAACUCUACGGGCGCGGUGUACUGUGACUGUGAAGACAACUGGAAGGGGGCUGCCUGUGACGUCCCGUACUGCCUGGCAGACUGUGGCUUCCCCGAGAGAGGUCAAUGCCAGGGCAAGGUGUGCGUCUGCAACACCGGAUGGCAAGGUCCAAACUGUUUGGUCUCGGUACCGGCCAACUCCUCCUUCUGCACCCGGGAGGAGUACACCGACCCCGGGCUGGCCAAGGCUUCCCACAAGGCCGUGGUGGACCAGGGCAUCAUGUGGGUCAUCGGAGGCUACGUCUUCAACGCCUCUGACUAUCACGUGGUCAAAGCGUAUAACCUCAGUAGCAAGAGCUGGCUGACCCUGGACCCCUCCGUCAACACUGUGACGCCGCGAUACGGCCACUCUCUGGCUCUUCAUGAGGGGAGGAUCUACAUGUACGGAGGAAAGAUCGACUCCACAGGAAACGUGUCCAGCCAGCUGUGGGUUUUCCACAUCCAGAACCAGACCUGGGUCCUGCUGAGCCCGCGGGCCAAGGAUCAGUACCCCGUGGUAGGACACUCGGCCCACAUCGUGCCUCCCCUCCAGGAGGAGGACAGUCCCAUCAUGCUGGUCCUGUUCGGACACUGUCCUCUGUACGGAUAUAUCAACCAGGUGCAGGAGUACAACAUCGUGAGGAACACAUGGAGCAUGGUGGCGACGGAGGGGGCCCUGGUGCAGGGGGGGUACGGCCACAGCAGCGCGUUCGACCCCAGCUCCAGAGCCAUCUACAUCCACGGAGGCUACAAGGCCUUCAGCGCCAACAAGUACGGGCUGGCUGGAGACCUGUACAAGUUCGAGGUGGACAAGAUGAAAUGGACCAUUCUGAGAGACAGCGGCUUCUUCCGCUACCUGCACACAGCGGUGAUGGUGAGCGGGACCAUGCUGGUGUUUGGAGGAAACACACACAACGACACAUCCAUGAGCCACGGAGCCAAGUGCUUCUCCUCCGAAUUCCUGUCCUACAGUCUGGCGUGUGAUGAGUGGACAGUGCUGCCUCGACCGGACCUCUUCCAGGACGUCAAUCGCUUCGGACACUCGGCCGUCAUCAGUGACAGCGUGAUGUACGUGUUCGGAGGCUUCAACAGCCUGCUGCUCAGUGACGUCCUCAUGUACACGUCGCCCAGCUGCGCCGCCUUCUCCAGCCCGGCGUCCUGCAGCCAGGCCUGGCCCGGGAUCCAGUGUGUGUGGAACAGCACCCAGGAGAGCUGCCUGCCCUGGGAGAGCAGCGCUAUCGGAGGGGAGCAGCAGCAGCUCCUGGCCUCCUGUAACACACGAUCAUAUGCAGACAGUGAGAAGUGUGACCAGUACACAGACUGCUACAGCUGCGCCGCCAACACCAACGGCUGCCAGUGGUGCUCCGGUCAGUGCCUGUCUCUGGGGAGCAACUGCACCUCCGCCACGGGGGCCAUAGCAGAGAUUGAAGUUUGUCCCAAAUACAACCCGUCAUCGGUGUGCAACAAGAAAACCAGCUGUAAGAGCUGCGCUGUGGACCAGAACUGUCAGUGGGAGCCCCGCAACCAGGAGUGCAUCUCACUGCCAGAAAACGUGUGUGGUGAGAGCUGGCACCUUGUUGGAAACUCCUGUGUGAAGAUCAUCACGGCGAAGGACUCGUACGACAAUGCCAAGCUGGCCUGCCGGAGCCACAACGCCGUGCUCGCCUCGCUCACCACGCAGAAGAAGGUGGACUUUGUGCUGAAGGAGCUGCAGAUCAUGAGCGUGGUGUACAAGGCCUCUUUGACGCCCUGGGUGGGGCUCAGGAAGAUCAACGUGUCGUACUGGUGCUGGGAGGACAUGUCUCCCUUCACCAACACCUCGCUGCAGUGGCUGCCCGGAGAGCCCAGCGACGCCGGAUUCUGUGGAUAUCUGGCCGAGCCGGCGUCCAGCGGACUGAAGGCUCAGACCUGCAUCAACCCGGUGAACGGCAGCCUGUGUGAACGACCAGCCAACCACAGUGCCAAGCAGUGCCGGACCCCAUGUGCCAUGAGGGCAAUGUGCAGCGAGUGUACCAGCGGCAGCUCCGAGUGCAUGUGGUGCAGCAACAUGAAGCAGUGCGUAGACUCCAACGCGUACGUGGCCUCCUUCCCCUUCGGACAGUGCAUGGAGUGGUUCACCAUGAACACCUGCCCACCGGAGAACUGCUCGGGGUACAGGACCUGCGGUCAGUGUCUGGACCAGCCGGGCUGCGGUUGGUGCACCGACCACAACAACACGGGCAGGGGUCAGUGCAUCGAGGGCUCGUACCGCGGGCCCUUCCUGACCGCGGUGCCGGCCCCCUCCACCCUGCCCGGCCUGCCCGCCAGCCCCCAGCCCGCCCUCAACGCCAGCAUGUGCCCCAACGAGGCCAAAUACAACUGGUCCUUCAUCCACUGCCCAGCCUGUCAGUGUAACGGUCACAGCCAGUGUGUCAACGAGAGCGUGUGUGAGAAGUGUGAGGACCUGACAACCGGCCGGCACUGCGAGAGCUGCAUCUCCGGCUUCUACGGAGACCCCACCAACGGGGGCAACUGCCAGCCCUGUAAGUGCAACGGCCACGCCAGCAUGUGCAACCCCAACAACGGGAAGUGCUUCUGCACCACCAAGGGCAUCAAAGGAGAUCGCUGCCACCUGUGUGAGGUUGAGAAUCGUUACCAAGGCAACCCCCUCAAAGGAACAUGUUACUACACGCUGCUCAUCGACUACCAGUUCACCUUCAGCCUGUCGCAGGAGGACGACCGCUACUACACCGCCAUCAACUUCGUGGCCACACCUGAGGAGCCAAACCGGGAUCUAGACAUGUUCAUAAACGCCUCCAAGAACUUCAACCUGAACAUCACCUGGGCCACAAGCUUCAGUGCAGGCACCCAGACCGGGGAGGAGAUCCCCAUCGUGUCCCGGAGCAACAUCAAGGAGUUCAAAGACAGCUUCUCCAACGAGAACUUCGACUUCCGCAACAACCCUAACAUAACCUUCUUUGUCUAUGUCAGCAACUUCACCUGGCCCAUUAAGAUUCAAAUCGCCUUCUCGCAGCACAGUAACUUCAUGGAUCUGGUGCAGUUCUUCGUCACGUUCUUCAGCUGCUUCCUGUCGCUGCUCCUCGUGGCCGCUGUGGUUUGGAAGAUCAAACAGAGCUGCUGGGCGUCACGGCGACGAGAGCAAUUGCUGAGGGAGAUGCAACAGAUGGCUAGCCGGCCUUUCGCCACCAUCAACGUUGCCUUGGAGACGGACGAGGAGCCACCUGACCUGAUAGGAGGAAACGUCAAGUCCGUCCCAAAGCCCAUCGCCCUCGAGCCUUGCUUUGGAAACAAAGCUGCUGUGCUCUCCAUCUUUGUGCGGUUACCCAGAGGCACCGGCGGCAUCCCUCCUCCAGGACAGUCUGGUCUGGCAGUGGCGAGUGCGCUGGUGGACGUCUCUCAGCAGAUGUGUGUGGGCUUCAAGGAGAAGUCUGGAGGUCUGAGAAACCGCAAGCAGCAGCCCACCGCCCAGCCCUCCACCUGCAUCUGACCCCGCUGUCACUCCUCUACCCCCCACCACCCACAGCUCUCCCAUCAGCCCCCGCUUCGGCUCCCUCUUUAGAGACUCAGAGGUGCAUGCUGGGACGCAGGAUAUUUUGGUGAGGGGCCGAGUGGUUUGGCGGACUGGAGCCUCAGCGGGCUUCCCCUCCCUCUCCUCCUACAGGAACUAUGGGUCCCUGUGGACUAAAAGACAGAAACUGGAGCAGGAGGGAGGGACAGAGCGGGUGCUGACUUCACCCCGCCCCUCAAAAUGAAAAGUUUUCACAUUUGUCGACACCGCCUCGUCGUCGGACUCGAGGCGGCCGCGGCUUGCUGCUAGAAGAGAUCCUCGUCUCGUAGUUUCUGAAAAACCCAGAGACUUUGCAUCCCUCUUUAUUUUUGUUUUCCUUAACUUAUUAUUUGUUGUUUUGUAUUGUUUGAUUUUUGAUUCAGGAACAAACUGGACCCUUCUAGCUGCGCAUGCACACACGAAACACACACACACACACAAACACACACACUAUAGAAAACAACUUAACAGGCCCUUGUACCCAUUUGUAGCCCAUUGUCGCCUGCUGUCAUGUUGCAGCUCAGCAUGGCCGUGCAGCCAAAGCCCAUCUAAAGAGUCUGUGACAUUUCUAAUGAGCCUCUGUGUCUUCUGCCUGCUUUCUUCUCUGUGGCCUGUCUCAGGCUCCGUCUCUCUCCCAGUCUGUGGCCAUCUGGCUGCAAACCAACCAACCAACCACCUUCCCACCUUCAGCUCUCUGGCAGCGAGGCCGGGUACAGAACAAGACCACAGCUACAUCUCUUCCACGCUGGCUGGCUGCAUCGUAAGCCAGCACCGAUUGAAACCUUUCCAGCUAAUUACUCGACCGGUUGCAGUGAAAGCCAAUGGCCCUGCACACACAGGUGCACACGCAGGGCUCUAACACACCCAACCAAACAGUUGGUGGUGAGAAAUCCCCCCUCCCGGUGGGUAGCCAUUGUCCCUUUGGCAGUGCAGCGACUGGAGCUCAUGUGAAACAGGCUUCCCAUAGAUCCUCUGGCUCCGAUGGACUGCAGUGAUUAGGCUGAUCUGCGUGAAGGGAGCCUGGCAACAGUUCAGCAUCCUCUGUGAUCGUUGCCUAAGAAAUCCAUAGCAUCUAAUUGCUGCUUCCUUGAACGCAGAUGCAGUACAUGUCCGUCCCCCCCCCCCCCCCCCCCUGCUCUUCCCCUGCCGUUCGAUAACGAUUGUCCCCUGUCCCUGAGCUAUCUACAGCUGCCCAAUUAGCCCCCGACUCACUGGGGUCUGUGUUCAUAUUGGAGCUUUGAAUGCCAACAUGUACACUCUGAACGUUAAGCACACACACAUACUAGCAGAGCUAUACAUGUGCACCUUUGUUCAAUGCUACUGUACCUUCAAAUUGGCCACAUCUCAAGGAAGACAUUUGUGAUUUUAAAAAACAAGACGGGAAAUAAUAGCAUUCAAUGAUUUUUCUAACAAUUGCAUCUUGAAAGUGUCGCCCGGUCUUUUGGAUGUUCCUCUUAUGUGAAGCAGGCCCCAUUUUUACAAUUGUCUUUCCUUUUUCUUUCUGCUCUUUCAACAGUCUUUAUUAUCUGAAAUCACUGGUCCAUUUGUAAAGAAACAUUACUUCUUUUGUCAACUUGGGGAAAUGAGGAAAAACAUAAAGAAAAACAAGACGAGAGAGACACAAAAAGAACAAGAAACUCAAGUUUAAAAUGGAGCUUUUUUGAAAUGUCACGAGUAUUUUCAGUUUGGUAAGAGCAUCAGGGUGUCAGAUCUGCCUUUAUUGCCUUUCUAUCAUUUCUCCUUCAGCGCUGAAUAUGAGAGCAGACUUUAAUUGGCUUGUUAUGGUAAUCUUCGCAAAAUAUAAGUUACAAUAUAUACUAUAACACCUGCAGGUCUUUGACUGAAGGCAGAGGCAUUUACUGAUAUAGAAAAUAUGUUUCCUGCUGCCUCACAAAGUUAUUAACUUCCCGCCCUCAGAGAAGUACAGUAAUAGAACAAUUUUAAUAACUUGCAUUCGCCCUAAAUAAUAGCGUUGUAUUUAAAUCCCGGCCCUCACAGGUGUUCAGCAUACUAGAACUGCUCCGCCGCGCCUGCUUAAAGGGCACACUUUUAGCACUGGGAAAAGGUCAGAGCAGAAAACAUGAACAAAGUUGACAUUCUGUAAUUAUAGAGAGCUGGGUGUGCUCACAGCUCCUCUCAGAGACCCCAGCGAGGGCUUAGGAGCCCACUCUGUUCACACUGGAGGCAGAGCACUUCACUUCUACUCUUCAUUAUCAAUCAGGGCGUUUUCCGCUCUUAUCUCCACUGGAGAAUCCUCGUUUAGCCAUGAUGCUUUGUUAAAGCUUAACAGUUGCUUCUGCAAAGACUCAAUGUAGGGAAAUAACAAUCAACCAUCCGCUGUGUGUGUCCAUGUGAUCACAAAUUGCAAGACAAAAGCUUCAUUAAUUAAGAAUAUUAGUUCAGUCAGGAGUCUUCUUCUCUCUUCUACCUCUCAAUUUGCAGCUUUUUUUUGUCUAGACAACCAAUGUGUUUGGCAGGUAACCAACUAUAGUUUGGAGGUGCUAUUUAAUUCCAAAAAUCUUCUUGGGAGGGACAAUUUUAGCAUGUUCAAAGAUCUGUGGCUCAAAGAAGGCAACAGUAUACUUCAGCCUGGGCAGACUGGUGCCACAUUCAUCCACAUAAUCCCAUGAUUCAGUUAUUCUUAUUUCUUCCUUAUUUGUAAUGUUACCUUGCUGGGCUUUAUUUAGGGGGGAUGCCCAGAUUUAGAAAACAAUAAUGUGGGGCUCCAAGCAGCUUUAAAAAAAGCAAUAAUUAAUUUGGAGUAGAAAUAUGACUGAGCAGAGCCAAGGGAACAUAACCCACGGACCUGAAGUGUACAUGUUUCACUCUUACUUUAACAGGAGCAGAUAUCAGACAACAUCUCAUAUAUAUGUGUUUUCUGUAGGAAUAUAUAUAUAAUAAACUAAUGUUCUCUUUCCAUUUAAAAAAAUCCCAUUAUUGCAUUCACCGGUAACUGCGACACUGCUGUCAUCUCCUGUUGCAAGUUUUAUUUAGUUUCACACACUGAGAUUUCAUUUUGCAAAGAAACUCUUCAGAUCUGUUUUACAGCGGACUCAAAUGUUCUGUGAUAAUAAUUUCACAAAGAAAGAAGAUUGUGUUUCUUUUCCCCUCCUUUUUUUUGUUCUUACCUUAAUGAAUGUAUAUGGAAUAUGUGUGCCACUAAGGUAAGCUCGCUUUGUCAGCCCCAGGAGCCCAGAGGUCAAAGGUCAGAACUCAUUAGAGCUGGUUUGCCUUGUUAAAGAUGUCAGAAAGGAAGAUGGAGGUCACACUCCAGGAUCUCUUUCUGCUUGAUGGUUCAGACAAACAGAUUCUGGGUCUGAUAGUGUCUACACAUUCCUCUUUGUUUGUCCCUUUAAUUUGAGAUUAUUUCCACAGAGUUAACAGAAUGAUGAAAAACAAACUAUAUUGUCUGUAAAUACUAUUUGACCCAAGUCUUCUGUCGGCAGCCCCACACUGAGUUCUUUGACAUGUCUGCCAAGCCUCACAGCAUUCAAAGUGAGUAAGAAUAUUAAAAAAGUUGCAGUUUCAACAGUAAUUUAAGACCUCUGACCCCUGGUCCUCCCACACAUGCGCUUUCGUUUAUUUUGGGCUGAUUGCACGUCAGAUAUGCGGGCAUCUGCUUGAUUGACAGCUCCCUCAUUGUGAGUUUUGUUGCACCUGCUCAGGCGGGACUGAAUGAGACCUCUUGUGGUAAAGCUGGACAGUACGACCUGAUUUUGUCACAUUUACCUUGAUAAUGAUGAAUAUUCUGUCCUAUUUUCUCCCUCAAAUCCAGACUUUUGCAAAACCCUCUCAGCCUGCGUUUUCGUCCUGGUGACGAGACAGAAAUCAAGUUGUGUGUGUGGCCCUUUAUAUUUGUGUUGCUUUUCACUACAUCUUUGUCGUUAGUUUGGUUUAUUUGACUGUUUACUGCUCAUGCAUUGCAUUGUAUGUAUCCUUUAGGUCUCAUUUCCUUUCUCGUAAAGCUUUAGUUUCUCGCCAUUUCGCAACAUCGCAAGUGUCUUUCCCUGGUUUAGAGGCUGCAUGAGAGUAAUAGCCCAGCCCUAUCUUCAACACAUGAUCAAUGGCUUUUAAUUUGCAAUGUUGGGGUCUGGAAAACUGCGUGGGCAGGAUGACUUUGAAUGAUCAUAGUUCAGCUCUUUUGAGGUCAUCAGAAAAACGGCAUAACUGAAAAUUCCUGUGUGGGUGUGUCCGGUGUUUAGAUUCCAUGUUUUUAUCUAAAAAUGCAUUACUUUCCUUCAACUGCAGCUGCAAUGUAGAGGCCUUUCCUUCUGAUACUCCAUAGAAGUGAUUUAAAAGCUAAGAGCACAAUACAAACCUUUUUUUCAGGCUCAAUUAGGUUACAUUUUCUUACUUUCUUCGUUUGGUUUAACGCUCCAAAGCCCUGUUGGUAAAAAUGAACUUGAUGUUGCAUUACAGAGGAUUCCUGGGUCCUAAAGUUCACAUUUUCCAGAUGAUUACUUAUUGCCACCAUUAGAGCUGCCCAACUGCGAAGCUCUGCUCAAAAUAUCUAAGAGCGAGUGAAAGAAGCCCGUCUGCCAUCGAGCCAAGGUCCCCACAACUAUUCAAAUGAGUUUUGAGUUGUUCCCCGCUUUCCAAGCCUCAAGCUUUAUCGGGUGACUUUACAGUGGCCUUAUUUCAGCUUAUUAAUCAGUGUAUGAACUGAUAGAUGUACAGAAAAUACAUAUUUAUAAAGUGUGAUUACUUACUGGAAAUCUUCCUAAUAUUUACAAUACAAGUAGAGUUUGUUUCCCCAAACACUGGCAGCAUUUAUAUGUAUUUGAAAUGCUUUAAUGCACAGGUUAAAACAUUGGAAUAAGGUCACUGUAAAAUGUGACAUUGCCCUCUCUUUCUUUCUGUCUCUUUGUAUAGCGGCAUUAUAUAUACUGAGGAAGUAGUUUGUUAAUAUGUAUAAUUUAGCUGUUUUUUGUAAAUAAUGAGAAAGUAUUGUGAAUGAAAUUUGUUGAAUGGUUUUGGAAAAAUCAUUUAUGGCAAACCUCUAGGCUUUUAUAAAUGUGACUGCAGUACAUAGCAUAUUUGGUAUGUAAGACAGCAGUGUAAAGAUGAGCAAGCAUUAGGAGCUGAUUAAACUACAUGUCAAACUUGAGGAUAAUAGCAUACUGAACUUGUAAUUACUGAUGUACAUAAAAGAAUGACAGAACAUUUUUGUCUAUUAUUAAAUGUGAAAAUCCA